GACAUUUCAUCACCAAAACCCCAUAAUCCCCUUCUGUCUCUUCCUCUGUGAACUCUCUUAAACCCUAACCAUUAACUCCUCUCUCUUAUUCUCUCCGACCACCGUAUCUACCGUCGUACUCUCUCUCCGUCGCGGUAUUCGUGAAGGAAGGAGAUUCAGCUAAAGAGGGUUGUUUUAGAUGGCUUAUUUGCAAUAUGGCAGAAAUGCCCUUCGAAAGGUUAUUACGGACACUAGUGUCCGGAGCAAUGAUCGUGUGGUGAAUCCGGUGCUGUAUGCUAGUCAAGGACUUAGAUUUAGGAAGUUGGAAGUUGUUUUAACCACGAGCAUAGAGAAGCUUGGUAAAGCCGGUGAGACAGUGAAGGUUGCUCCUGGACAUUUCCGCAACCACCUUAUGCCCAAGUUGCUAGCGGUUCCAAAUAUUGAGAAGUAUGCUUAUCUUGUCAGGGAACAGCGCAAGAUCUACCAACAUGAGGAGGAAGAAGCGGAGGUUAAAGUAGUUAAAGAGACUAAGGAAGAUAAGCUGAAAGAAUUCGAGAAGGCAGCAAGACGUCUUGAUAAUUCUAAGCUGGUAUUGCGGAGGUUCAUCAAUGUCGAAAAAUUUCGUUUACGUGCCUCAAAAGAAGAGCCUAUAGAAUUGCGUUCACCUAUUACAAAGGAGGACAUCAUAGCUGAGGUAGAAAGGCAGCUUAGUGUGCGCAUCACGGCUGAUAACGUGCACCUACCUUCCCCUUUGACGACUUUUGGUGAGUAUGAGGUGCCACUACGGUUCCCAAAAUCUAUCCCUUUGCCGGAGGGGAAGGUUCAGUGGACUCUUGCAGUUAAAAUCCGGGGUAAAUAAAGAUGGUCUUGUUAGCUUAAUGAGCACUCUGGUCCCAGGUUAUUCUGGGAUGUCGGUUUUGUCUUUUGUAAUUUGGUAACUAUUUAUUGUAGUGAUAAAGCUUCGUAUUUUAAGUAAAAGAUGUUCUGAAAGUUGCCCAUUUGAUUUUGUAUUUUUUACCUAUAAAUUUCUGUCUGAUAAAGUGACAAAGGUUGUCCAUUUUCUCUGUUGACAUUUGGUGUCAAAAGACUAAAUUUGGUUCUUUGGUUCCCC